AUGGCUACUCAUGCUUUGGAGAAAAUAAUUAAGCCUCCUGUGUUCUUGUUUGCAGGCUGCCUCUCUCUCCUGGUGACAGUGCAGGAUGUUGAGCGUUACACCACCUUAUUUGCCACUGUCAUCCUCAAGUGUGACUACAGCACCUCGGCACAGCUGCAGGACGUGGUGGUGACCUGGCGCUUCAAAUCCUUCUGCAAGGACCCCAUCUUUGACUACUACUCAGCCUCAUACCAGGCUGGUUUAGCCCUUGGCCAGGACCCCUCUAACGACUGCAAUGACAGCCAGCGGAAGGUGCGCAUUGUCAUCCAGAAAUUUGGGCAGAAGGACCCUGUGUUGGGCAUCGACUACCAGCAGCGAAAGAUCACCAUUCAGAACCGAGCAGAUCUUGUCAUCAGUGAGGUCAUGUGGUGGGACCACGGCAUGUACUACUGCACUGUGGAAGCACCAGGAGAUACCUCAGGUGAUGCAGACAAAGAAGUUAAGCUGAUUGUUCUCCACUGGCUCACAGUACUCCUCAUUAUUCUCGGUGGCCUUCUCCUCCUUCUGCUGAUUGGGAUAUGCUGGUGCCAGUGCUGCCCCCAGUAUUGCUGCUGCCACAUCCAGUGUGGCUGCUGUCCAACACGGUGCUGCUGUAAUCAGAAAGUACUGGAACGGCACCAGUUCAUGAAGCGGGCUCAGGCACUCGCGCCUUGGUUAUCACCCAACAUGUUCUAUGGAGCUGGCGACAGGAACUCAAAACAUUCCUCUUACCAGCUGAACCCUCUGCUGCAACAAGAUGUAUCUCUACAGAACAGUCUUGCACUGGUGCAGCCACAAGCCCAGCUUUCCCAUAAGAGCGGUGUUCUGGACUAUCUGGAGUCUGAAAUCCAGAACCUGAACGUGUCCCAGCCGCGGGCGCCUCCCCACCAGCGGCAGGCUGUGCAGCCCAGCUUGCUGUCCUCGCUGGGCUCCGACAUCCUGCCACCUCCUCUUACCGACCACAUCUCCUCCAUCCAUGGCAGCAGCAGCUCCUCACGGCCACAAAGAGCUGCCCGCACCCCCAGGCCCUGGGACUCCGCAGCAGAGGACAGAAGGGAAAACAGGAGGUGGCCCUUGCCUUCCAGUGGGGAUUCUCAUUCCAGCUACAGCCAGGAGCCUUGGGACAGACAGAGAGAGGAUCAUCCUCAGAGGCAGAGGACAGGUGGCUACAAUGGCAGGCCCCAGCACUCCAGACGUGAUGUGUCACCCCCACGCCAGGCUGAGAGGGGCAAGAGCAGCAGCAGUUUCUAUCCAGAGGAGACCAAGGAGCGCUCCAGCCACCAUCGUGGUGGGAGGCAGGAGCCCGGGGGAAGGCGAGAAUAUGAGCACCAUGCUGGGAGGAGCAAUUACUCUGGCCAGAGGCGACACAGCUACUCCCCCCCCUCUUCUCGCAGGGGCUCGUGGAGCUCCUCAGAGGAGCAGGUCCGUGUCCCGGUGUCAAACCGCAGGCGGAGGAACCGCAGGUCCCGGGAGUGGCCAGAAGAGAAACCCCCCAGUUAUCGCUCCUUAGAAAUCAUCCCAGCUCAGGACAAGAAGCACAAAAGCAGUGCAGGGACCCGCUCGGACAGAGGAAGUUCCUACAGUGGAAGAAGCAUAGUCAUUUGAUGUCAAUACUGGAAGAACUAAGAUUCCCACUGGACUCCUCCUAGUUUUUCUAUUUAGGUUGGGAUGGCUGCUUUUGAUUGAACAGACAAACAGCAAUAAAACAGAUGAAGCAGCUUCCCCUUAGGCUUACAACUCUGAAGAAUAUUUGUCUAGUGCCAUGAAAGCCAUACAUAACCUAUUUUUAUUGCUGUGAUUUAGAAACUUAGGUUGGGCUAAGUUCUAAUGGGCUGAGGUUUGUUGAAAACAUUCUAGUAGAAACAGCAGAUUUUUUCACUAAACAGUGUAUUCCCAGUCUUUAAAGAGAGAUACCAGUUCUCUCUGUUAAGUGUCGUGGCACUGCAGGGAGCCCAGUCUGUAGAAUGCUGGUGCUUUGCACACCAGUUACUGGAGGAAGGUUCCAAUGUUCACAGAGUUGUAAAGUCACAAGACAGUAGAAAAAUUUAGAUUGGAAGAGGCCUCUGGAGGUCAUGUGAUCCAGUGCCCUGAGAGCUUUGUGGAGGGAGGCACAAUAUCUUUCCAGGGCCCUUUGUUGUCCCUCAGAAUGUGUAAUGUUUGUUGCUUCUGCCUGGCUGCUCAGCAUAGCUGGGACAGUUGUGUCCUUUUGUCCCCACUAAACCUCUCUCCCAAACAGGAGGAUCACAGUGUUGGAAGAAUGUUGAGUGCCUUAAUAAGGUCUCACUGGCAUGUCUGCAAAUUGCCAGCUUAUCUGCUCUUUACUGACUGAAAGAACCUGUUCUUCUUUGAGCCUAGACCUUAGUGCCUUAAAAGAUACUUGUUCUAGCCUUUAAUCCAGACUUGAAUUUAUUUGUAAACUCAAAUUUAUCAGGGUUUGUCCUUCCCUACAAGGACUGAGCAAAGUAUGACUACUCUUCUUUAUACCAUGGACCAGAAUUUCCUUCAGCUCAAGUAAGCAUGGUUUUGGUGAAUAUAUCUUGCCUAAGCCAUGUGCUUUUUUCCAUAUAUUUUAUAUUCUCCCUUUCCUCUCCAUGCCAUGUAUCAUAUACAUGGGGUGGGAUAAAGGGCUCUGGGGAAGUCUUAUAGUCACCAUUUUUACUUGAUCUUUACCCUGACCAACCCUGCAUGUGUGGUGCAUCUAAUCUGGAGCUGGAUUGUAGGAUUUCCUCAGUUCUCACCCUGACACUACAAUACAGAAUUUCUCCAUGCUUUGAGACCAGUUGUGAAGGAGAACUUGUCAUUUCUCCUUGAUGAGAUUAAUCCACUGUUUUAAUUUAAAAUGUGCUGGAGAAAGAGAAGUUCUGUGGAUUCUGGCUGCUUCCAUGGGAAGCUGUCUUGCCAGAGGCACUUGGAUUUAAGAGACUCUGUGGUUGGUGAGGAGCUUUUGGAGAAUCUUGUGAAUUUUUUUGUAACCCAGAGGCACUGGAGACUGGCCAGUACCAAUGACUGUCUUGCCUAGCUUAUUUCCUAGCCUGUCCCACAUGGCUUGCUACUUGCUACUGUUACACUUGCUACUGUUUGGUUUUUAAUGUCCUGAUUACUGAUGUGCUUAUGCUUUUCCCUGGAAAACAUGGAGAGACUUUCACUUUCUCCACCUCUUUUUUUUUUUUUUUUUUUUUUUUUUUUUUUUUUUUUUUCUUUUCUUUUGGACAAUGAUGGGAAACAUCACACUUUGAGCAAGUGGUUCUAGCUUCCAGUGUAGUUGCUGGACAAACGAGGGCCAGUCAGAGUGUUCAUCUUCCUACAGUUUCUUGGCUGAACAUGCUUAUUUCUAAUUCUUGCCUAUGGAGAUAAAGUAGGAGGACCAAGGACCUUCUCUGGUUGACUUUGUUUCAGCACUGGAGGCCUACUUUUUUGAAGACAGAGGGUCUCUUCCUUAUUGUUGAUGGCUAUCACAAAAAUUAAAAAAAAAAAA